ACCCGGCGGUGUGUGACAAGCUGGCUUCUUUUUAAGUUGGGGCAGCGAGGAGGGCGGGGAGUGCUAGGAAGCAAGAAGGGUUCUCGGGACAGAGACACCGCGGCUUAGCUAGGAAGGCAGCAAAGGCUGCAGGAGGAGAAAGGAACGGCCUGGAUUCGAAAGGGGGUCCUCCCUAUCUGGAGUGAUCCCAGGCCCAGUUUCCCCCGCCCACGUCGCCUUGCUCUUCAUCAUCACUUUGGCUUUGUCUCCAGAUCACAAGAAGAGUCUCUUUUGUGUGGUAUCCCUGAGCUGCAAUGAAGCUGUGGGGUUUACUACUUACAGUACUGGGGGGAGCUCUGUGCCAAGAGCCUGAGCACCCCCAUGGCUGUUCCCAAGGCAGUUGCUACCCAGCCACAGGAGAUCUGCUGGUGGGCCGAACUGAUCGUCUCUCCGCCUCCUCCACAUGUGGGCUGCGACGUCCCCAGCCCUACUGUAUUGUCAGCCACUUGCAGGAUGAAAAAAAGUGCUUUGUGUGUGACUCGCGUCGGCCUUAUGAUGCCCUGUCGAAUCCUAAAAGUCAUCGCAUUGAGAAUGUGAUCACCACCUUUGCACCCCGUCGCAAAAAGGCCUGGUGGCAGUCGGAGAAUGGUGUGGAGCAGGUCAGCAUCCGCCUGGACCUAGAGGCAGAGUUCCACUUUACUCACCUCAUCAUGACUUUCAAGACCUUCAGGCCAUCAGCUAUGUUGGUGGAGCGUUCAGCAGAUUUCGGCCGCACCUGGCAAGUGUACCGCUACUUUGCCUAUGAGUGUGCUUCCUCCUUCCCUGCUGCCUCCCAUGGGCCCUUACGCCACGUGGAUGAUGUCAUCUGUGAAUCUCGUUAUUCAGACAUUGAACCCUCUACUGAGGGUGAGGUGAUCUACAGGGUACUGGAUCCAGCUAUCCACAUUCGUGACCCCUACAGUCCAAAAAUCCAGAAUCUCCUGAAGGUCACCAACCUGCGGGUAAACCUGACCAAACUACACACACUGGGGGAUGAUCUGCUGGAUUCCCGACGGGAAAUCAAGGAAAAGUACUACUAUGCUGUGUAUGAGAUGGUGUUGCGCGGAAACUGCUUCUGCUACGGGCAUGCCUCAGAGUGUGCCCCACUCUCUGGCAGCCCUGCUGAUGUUGAGGGCAUGGUGCAUGGCCGCUGCGUCUGCAAGCACAACACCAAAGGGCUGAACUGUGAGCAGUGUAACAGCUUCUACCAUGAGCUGCCCUGGCGCCCAGCUGAGGGGCGGCGCACCAAUGCUUGCAAGAAGUGCAACUGCAAUGAGCACUCGCACAAGUGCCACUUCGACAUGGCCGUGUACCUGGCCAUGGGCAACACCAGCGGCGGGGUCUGUGAUGAGUGUCAGCACAACACCAUGGGCCGCCACUGCCAGCUCUGCAAGCCCUUCUACUACAAGGACCCCACAAAGGACAUCCGUGACCCCAGCGUGUGCCGCGCCUGUGACUGUGAUCCCGAUGGCACACUCGAUGGUGGGGUGUGUGAUACACAUGAUGAUCCAGUGCUGGGCCUGAUUGCCGGGCAGUGUCGCUGCAAGGAGCACGUGCAGGGACCACGCUGUGACAAGUGCAAACCCGGCUUCUUUGGACUGAAUGCAGAGAACCCUCAAGGCUGCCAACGCUGCCAGUGCGACCCACGGGGCACAGUGCAGGGUGGACCCCAGUGCGAUACCAUCACGGGCGACUGCUUCUGCAAACGUUUGGUGACUGGGCGCAGCUGUAGCCAGUGCCUGCCUGAGCACUGGGCUCUGAGCCCUGACCUUCACGGCUGCCGGCCUUGUGACUGCGAUGUAGGAGGUGCCCACGACAACCAGUGUGCCAUAGAAACGGGGCAGUGCCGCUGCCGCAGCCACAUGGUAGGCAGACAAUGCAGCCAAGUGCAGACUGGUUACUACCACAUUGCUUUGGAUCACUACACGUAUGAGGCUGAAGAGGCACGGCUUCUCCAGGGAGCUGAAGUACUGGAGCGAGUUCACCUCACAGGCCACCCAGCCACAUGGACAGGACUAGGGUUUGCCCGGCUGUUGGAAGGCAGCGUGGUGGAGUUCCAGAUCAACAAUGUGCCUUUCUCCAUGGAGUAUGACAUACUGCUGCGCUAUGAGCCUCAGCUGCCAGGAAAAUGGGAGGAGGUGAAAGUGUCUGUGAUCCGGCCUGGGCUCAUUCCCUCCAGCAGCCCAUGUGGAAACACCAUCCCUACUGAUGAUUUGAUGUCUGUCGCUUUGCAACCCACAUCCUGGUAUGUGGUGCUGCCACAGCCAGUCUGUCUGGAACAAGGGAUCAGCUACACUAUCCGGGUGGAGUUCACCCGCUAUGGAGGACAUGAACAUUUACAAGGUGCUGCUGUACUCUUGGACUCGCUGGUACUGAUGCCACGUUACUCCUCCCUGGAGAUGUUCAUUGCUGGGGAUGCCGCCUCCAUCACCCGCAAGGAGACCUUUGAACGCUACCGCUGUGCCCUACAGGCUCGGCCUGUGAUUAAGAUGUCUGCCCCGGAACCAUGUGCCAACUUGCUCACCAGCAUGUCAGCCAUUAUCCACCAGGGGGCACUGCCAUGCCUGUGCAACCCCCAGGGCUCGCUGAGCUCCGAGUGCAAUCCGGAUGGUGGGCAGUGCCAAUGCAAGCCUAAUGUCAUGGGCCACCGCUGUGAACGUUGCUCCCCUGGCACCUAUGGUUUUGGGCCUGGUGGCUGCAAAUCAUGUCAGUGCAGCAGCCAAGGCUCCUUGAGCGGUUUCUGUGACAGUUUCAACGGUCAGUGCCCGUGCCGGCCAGGUGUCUUUGGCCCACGCUGUGAUCACUGCCAGCCUGGCCACUGGGGUUUCCCUAACUGCCAGCCAUGCCACUGCAAUGGGCGCUCGGAGGAAUGUGACCCACGGACAGGCAGCUGUUUGCAUUGCCGAGGCCACACAGAAGGAGAUCGAUGCCAGAGUUGUGUAUCUGGAUACUAUGGGAACCCAGCGCUGGCCUCAGGUGGCCACUGCCGGCCCUGCCCCUGCCCUGAGGCACCUGGCUCUGGACGUCAUUUUGCUGCUGCUUGCCACCAAGACAGCCGCUCUGGGACCGUAAGGUGUAGCUGCCUCGCAGGCUAUACAGGCCCACGCUGUGAUGAGUGUGCUCCUGGUUACUACGGCAAUCCUUGGCAGGCCAGGGGGCGAUGCCAGCCUUGUGCAUGCAGUAACAACAUUGAUGUGGCAAACCCAGAAUCUUGCGACCGACGCACAGGCCGCUGCCUCCGCUGCCUCUACCACACCGAGGGGGACCAGUGCCAACAUUGCCAAGGGGGCUAUUAUGGGGAUGCCACCCGACGCACCUGCCACCGUUGUUCCUGUAACUUCUUGGGCACGCUGCGCAGCGAGUGCCCAUCGCAGGACCAGUGCCAGUGUGAGCGGCACAGUGGGCAGUGCCAAUGCUUGCCCAAAGUCCAAGGGCAGAGCUGUGACCGUUGUGCCCCCAACUUCUGGAACUUGGCCAGUGGUCAAGGCUGUCAGCCAUGCGGCUGCCACCCCCAGCACUCACUGAGCCCUGCUUGCAAUCAGUUCACAGGGCAGUGCCAGUGUCGGCCAGGUUUCGGGGGUCGCACUUGCUCAGAAUGCCAGGAGAACCACUGGGGAGAGCCCAGCCAGCUGUGCAGAGCCUGUGAUUGUGACCCACGUGGGACUGAGAAGCUACAAUGCCACCGCAUCACUGGACACUGCUCCUGCCGCCCAGGCAUCUCAGGUGUGCGCUGCGACCAGUGUUCCCGUGGUUUUGCUGGCGAAUUCCCAGCCUGCCAGCCGUGCCACCAAUGCUUUGGGGACUGGGACCGCAUUGUGCAGGAUUUGGCCACCCGCACCCGCAGCCUAGCACAGCGUGCCCAACACCUUCACCAGACAGGCCUCACUGGGGCGUUUGAGGGCACCUUCCGUCGGCUACAGGACAAGCUGAGUGCUGCCCAGGCCAUUGUCAAUGCUCGCAACGCUACCGCCAGCACCAUCACCCACGUCUUGCAUAACAUGGAUGAGCUGCGGCAGGAGAUAGCAGAUGUCACAGAAACGCUUACCAACCUGGAGGGUUUGCUGACAGCCACCCAGGACAAGAACUUCAAUGCCAACCAUGCCCUAGGCAUGCUGGAGCGUGGUGCUCGUGCGCUCAAUCUCAGCCUGGCAGACCUUGUACGUCAGCUUGAUGCCCUCAAGAAUGCCAAUGUGCUGGGUGCCUAUGACAGUGUCCACCAGUCCUUUUUGCAGUCACGUGAGGCUGAGCACCGGGCCAACGCCUCUGCCUUGGCCAUUCCUAGCCCCGUCAGCCAGUCGGCUGCUUCCCGGCGUCGCACAGAACAGUUAAUGACAGCACGGAGAGACGCUUUCUAUAGGCAGAAUGCAGCUAACCAGCGGGCCCUGGCUGACCUGUCGACACGCGUUGGACGGCUGAGCCUGCAUCAGAUCAACGAGAAGGUAUGUGGUGCUCCAGGGGAUGCCCCCUGCUCUAGCAGCCCCUGUGGAGGGGCUGGUUGCCGCGAUGAAGAUGGCAGGCAUCACUGUGGGGGCCUCAACUGCAACGGGGCUGUGGCCACAGCCAAUAAUGCAUUGGACCGAGCCCGCCACGCUGAAGGGGAGCUGCGCCGUGCUGUGGCUGACGUGGAUAUCCUGCUGCGUCAGGUGGCUGAGGCUAAGGCACGGGCAGGUGAGGCAAAGCAGAGAGCACAGGCUGCUCUGGACAAUGCCAAUGCCACCAAAGCUCGGCUAGAGCGGUCUAACAAGGAACUGCGGGACCUCAUCCAGCAAAUCAAAGGAUUCUUGAAUCUUGAGGGGGCUGAUCCUGACAGCAUUGCACUGGUGGCCUCCCGUGUGCUGGAACUCUCCAUCCCAGCAUCCCCUGCACAGAUCCACCAUCUUGCUGAGGAGAUCAAAAAACGUGUCAGUAGCCUGGCCAAUGUGGAUGCCAUCUUGGACCAAACAGCAGGGGAUGUACGUGUGGCAGGACAGCUACUGCAAGAUGCACGCCGUGCCAAUACUCGAGCAGAGGGCGUAAAGAAUGCAGCUGAAACUGUGAAGAAGGCUCUUGAUGAUGCUCAACGUGCCCAAAGUGCUGCCGAGAGAGCCAUUCGCAAUGCAGCCAGUGACAUCUAUAACACCGAGAACGUUGUUAACAGGAUCCGGCAGCAGACGGCAAAUGCUGAGGGCCAGCUGGCUGAAGCCAUGGAACGUGUGGGUCACCUUGACAGGCAGGUGGAUGCCCUCAAGAUGAAACGGGCCAACAACAGCUUGGCCGCCACUCGAGCUGAGGAGACAGCCAGUGCUGCCAGGGAGCGAGCUGGCGAAGCUGAACAGAUACUGGAUGGGUCACUGAGCGACCAGUACCGCACACUGAAUGAUCUAGUGGAACUCAAGGCCCAGCAUGUACUCCAGGCCCGGCAGAAAGCAGAGCGUCUACGAGAUGAGGCCAAGGGGCUGCUACGUGAUGCUCAUGACAAGCUGCAACGGCUGAGCGCAUUGGAAGAAACAUAUGGAGACAAUGAGAGGCUGCUGCAAGAGAAAGCAGCCCAACUGGAUGGGCUGGAAGCCAAGAUGAGGGUCAUCUUGGGAGACAUCAAUCAGCAGAUUCAAAUCUACAACACUUGCCAGUGAAGCACCAUUUUUCUCUCUUCGACCGCCCCCCGCCUGCCAUCCCAUUAGGUAACCCCAAUUCUUCGUGCUCACCCAUGUGCUUCAAAGACUCUUGGCUACCCCUGCCUAGCUCUGACGUAGUGCCUGGAGCACCACUUCCUAUGGCUGUUCCUUCCCAGCAGUGCUUGACUGUGGGAAGCACAAUACUGUAUGCCUCAAGGCUUCCUUAGGAGAAUCUCUUCCUUGCUAACUUUGGACACAAACAGCAACGCUUAAGAUGCCAAAGGAAUGGAUUCCCAUUCUGAUUUCUGUUACUCUUCCACAAAGCAAUAACAGUGUAAAGUAUAACAGGGGAGGAGUUGCCUAAAGGGGGGUCAGAUGAGGUAGCUACAUUGGCAUAUCUGUUACACGCAAUCUGCCCUAACCAGGGUGGCUUCUGUGUGUGUGUGAAUAAAAGCCAAAAAGGCA